CAUACUGAUUGCUUAUCAGGAAAUUCAUUUUAAAAGCCUUUAUUUAGUUAUGACAUUUGAAAGCAUUAAGUAACGACACUUUAGAAAGCCUUCAUUAUGACAUCAAAAACCUUUUAGUUAUGACACAUAAAAGAACAUGUUCAUUAUUAUUAUUAUUAAUUUAACUUGACGAUAUCGGCGGAAAGUGUUUAAAACGUACACCUCAGGUUUAAAUUAGCCACACAGUUGGACAGAACCAGACAAUAGUGAUAUUAUUCAUUGUCCCUGAAAUGAUACCACAACGAUGAGCAUGCAUGCAAGCCUAUGCAACAGUUUCUCUACACAGAAACUGGAUACGAUAACAAACUUUCGUCUUUACUAACGUUUAUGUUAUUUUAACUAGGCCUUAUUUCUCGCCAUAUAUGGACGAGUCAUUAGAACUAUUGUACAGGAAAUUUGAACAUUGGUUGCAGUAAUUAAAAGUGCUAGUUACUACAAGAUAGUGCACGCCUUCGACCAAAGGUAUUACCCAUCGUUAAACUGUGACGCCACUUUUCUUUUGCAUAUUGAACUCUUUUACUCCACGCAGGCGCACGAUACCGGCGCCAAUCGUCCAUCGACUUCUACCAACUGUUCGCCAACGUAUCAGGAGGCUCUGUGAUUACCACAGACAAGGACAACAUCGGGAGCGCUGUCAACGUCAUAACUGUAAGAGCAGUCGUCUGAUAUAGACCGACAGCAAUGACCUGCACCCGUGAACUCCUUAAGCAUUGACGUUAAGCAGGGAAUGUUUCAUUUAUUCGCAUUCGGUUCUAUUCUUGCACGAAUUCUAUGAGACUAUAAGUGUACUCAGAAAGGUACAAUCAAAUCCCUUGAAAUCGCGUCUAGUACGGAAACUUUUAUUAUUCUUUGUAACGGUACUUUAAUUUAUUUAUGCAUAAAUGUCAGUGCCAGGUUAAUAUUGGCGAGCUGUAACUGGUGUCAAUGUUAUGACAAAAUGAAAAAACGGUUUAAUAACACAUAUGGUUAUAUCAAUUUGUCAAUAGCUGCGUUUUUGGAACAAAGUUUUAUGAAAUUAAGACCAACGUUGCAUUAAAUACAGUAUUAUGAUUGUGAUGGUGCAGAAAAAGGUUUCUAUCUUCUACAUUUUUGUAACAUGAAACCAUGAGACCAAAUAAUUAAUUGCAUUACUGAAAUACAAAGUAUUGGUGUCGAUCUAACACAUAAUUAUACGAUGUCCAUGAAACGUUUUGUCUAAAAUUUGCAUGUUUGAUUUGUUUUAAUUCAAGCAAAGCUUACAAACUAAUCGAGUGAAUUUAAUGCGACUUUCCUACUUCGCUGCAGCAGGGCAAACGUUCAUGGCUUUUGUUGAUGAUACCAUAACGCAGUUGAUCAUACGUGUGCAAGUAGAGAAGGGACAUCCUUUGAUCAUUGCACAGAUGCCAUCAGGUUCGACAUCUUCUUCACGGCCAACAAUCAUCGGCUCUGUGUCCGCAGGAUCGGUUUUAUCCCUUCUAGUAAUCAACAUCACACAGGCAUCCGAUUACGGGUUUUGGAAAAUUGUGAAACUGGACUCCUUCAUAUGGGACGUCACUAUUCAGGCUACAAGUCCGGUGGAUUUCACACACAAAUUCGUCGAGCCUGUAUCGGGAUGUUUCGGGGAAUACGAAAUAAAGGGAAGACCAAUUUCCGGGGCAACGUACACAAUGGUUGUUGAGGUACCUGAAUCCUCAAAGCUUUCCAAGGUGCAAUCAGCUUUUCUUAUGACUAGAGACAGCUUAAAUCCUAAUGCUUUAGAAGUGCUGCAAAAUGUAGGCGGAAGGAGAGGACUCUCCGUUUUCAUCGCCAAUAUUACCAUUCCCUAUGAGCCGUUUAUGGUUGCAAUACAAGGACAAGACAAUUCAAGACAUACAUUUCGAAGACUGGACCCAAACCUCAUUACACCUGUGACCUUACGUUUAUUCAUACCACCGCUCACAGGGGUUACACUGUCGGCCAACGAAACGUUAGACAUUCCAUUCACGGUCCAGAACGCAGGUGCCGUAGACCAGGAUAUCGACGUGAGAAUUGAGGAUGAUCAGGACUUCGCUGUGGAGCCGAAAAUUCACAGCUUUGAUAUAAAGGCUGGUAUGAACGAGACCGAACAUUUCACCAUUGAGGGAGGACCGAAAGGUGGUGUGACAACCACUGUGACUAUCAAUGCCAAGCCUUUUGUGUUGGGUUCGACAUCUUUCCAGUCUGGACAAUUUCACAUCAGCAGAUUUACAGUAAUGGAACAUACAACAACAACGACCCAAUCAACAACCACAUCGAUGUCAGCUACAACUACUUUGACAUCUACGUCAUCUUCAAAUCUAUCUACAGCUUCCCGUUUAACGUUGUCAUCGCUAUUAACAAGAUCCACAGAAGUGACAACAAGCAAAAACCCCAUGGCAUCAACUUUCACAGCGGGAGUUACACAAUCCCCGACAGGCAUCCCCAAUUCCUCAAGUGGUACACAAUCAGCCUCCAGCGCGUCUCAGUCACAAGCCCUAUCGGGAACGCCAAAAUCCGGCGAUACACAAUCUUCGUCCGGAACAUCAACUGUGUCGUCCUUGCCACAAUUAACACAACCCCCAGUGGGAACGCCACAAUAUGACAGUACACACUCAUCGCCCGGAGCAUCAACUGUGUCAGCCUUGCCACAAACUGGCGCAACACAAGCUUCUCAGGCCACAGCAGCCACCAUUGGGCGCUGGUAUGGGCGUCGGAGCAGUGAUAGGUGCGUGAUGACCUUGGUGGAAACUUGUUUUCCAGACUUGUAACUUGCUGUGAAGUUGUGAUGUCUUGUAGGCACUAACCUAGAUCAGAAGCAUGCUAAUGUUUAUGUCGCAGUAUGUUUUCUUAUUGACCAAUUAUUAUUGAUAAAUGAAGUGUCUUAAUAAACAAAUAUAAACCAU